AUGGCCAAAAUCCAACAUUUCAUUUCAGAUUCCAUGUGCCUAGUCAUGAAUGGCCAUAAUCCACCUCGCCCUAUGCCACAUACACACACACACACACACAAACACAAUACAAUGGCACCCAAGAAGAGCACAAAGAAAUCACAUUUUGGAAAGAAGUCAAACUUAUCCGAGAGCGAAGAAGAGUAUGAAGGACCACUCAACUUGCUUUUGGCAAAGAAGCCGUUCAAAAACCCCAACUACAAGACAGUGAAAAAGAACAAAAACCUAAAGCAAAUCUUGACAAUGGAACGAGACAAAGUAUAUGCGCUCGAUGUCCCUACUUAUGAAAACAUUGAAUGCGCACCAUCAGUGCUACCACAAAAGAAAUAUUGCGACAUCACUGGAUUGAAUGCGAAAUACACAGACCCCAAGACUGGAUUACGAUAUCACAAUGCCGAGAUCUAUCAAUUCAUUCGCACAUUGGGUGUGCCAAAUGUACAAGCUUAUUUAGCCAGCAGAAAUGCUGCUGUUGUGCUCAAGUAG